AUGGAUCUAAAUCAGAAGCGAACCAAAACGGUUGACCGAGUCGGUCCGGUUGAUCCUGCUGAGGUGUCGCCGGAAUCAACUCCGGUGUAUCCGUUUCCUGAUGAGGUUCUAGAACCGAUGCUCUCGCUGAUAAACUAUCAAAAGGACCGCAGUUCCGUGUCUCUAAUAUGUAAAAACUGGUACAAUGCUGAGCGGUGGAGCAGACGUCAUGCGUUUAUCGGAAAUUGCUACUCGGUGUCGCCAGAGAUUGUAGCCGGGAGGUUUCCUCAGAUUCGGAGCGUGACCUUGAAGGGGAAACUGAGGUUUUCAGAUUUCAAUUUAGUACCGGAGGAUUGGGGAGCUGAUGUUCAUCCAUGGUUGAGUGUUCUCGCCAAAGCGUAUCCAUUCCUGGAGGAGCUGAGACUGAAGAGAAUGGCAGUUAGCGACGAGAGUUUGGAGUUUCUGGCGUCGAACUUUCCAGAUUUUAAAGCUCUGUCUCUAUUGAGUUGUGAUGGAUUUAGUCCUGAUGGGUUGAAAUCUAUUGCUACUCAUUCAGCAAAUAUAAGUAUGAGCAACAAAAGAAGAAACGAGAUCAGUAGAAGAAAAGUUCUGCUCAUCGUGUGGAUCAAAAGGAGCUUAAAAUGGGGUUACAACAUCGAUGUGCAUGAUUACACUGUGCAUUUGAAAGCUGCUCAGAAGUUUCUAAAAGAUGGUGACAAGGUGAAACUAAUAGUGAACUUGAAUGGACGUGAAAACGAGUUAAAAAAUAAUGCGAUUGAUGUUAUUAGACGUUUUUGUGAUGAUGUAGGGGAGCUAGCGAUUGAGGAGAGCAAGAAUUUUAGGGACAUGAACAUGACAUUGGUGUUGGUUCCAAACAAAGUUGUUCUACAACAAAAAGAAACACCAAAGAAGAAAGAAAAGUCAACUGGGACUGAAGUAUCUGUAACUGCUUCUGUAUCACCAUGA